AUGGAAGCUAAGGUUUGUGAAGAAACUCUAAAAUGUAUUUAGAUUGAGGAAAGUUAAAGGCUUUCAAUGGAUAAAACAGUAACAUAAGUAGAAUCAAUUAAUGAAAAUUAAUAUUUAGUCACAGGAAAUGAUUGCAAUUUUGCUUUAGUUGAUAGUGACUGGAAAAUAAUAAAUAUAUAAAUCCUUUAAGAUGAAAUAAAUUAAGAUUCAAUUAUUGUUUCUCUUGGAGUACAAGAAAAUAUAAAAAGUUUUAUAGUUGGAAAUUAAGGAGGAUGUACUGCUAACAGAUAAUUGAUAGUGAUGGAUUUUUAAGCAUUAGAAGUUAUAUUUAUGAGUGAUACAGAAUUUGAUUACUUUGUUUUAUGCGUAGAUUAAAAAAAUUAAGUUGUAUUUCUAUCAUCAGCUUACUCUAACAUUAUUUUAUGCAAUAACAGCACAAGUUAUAUUAUAUAGGAGCUUUGGAUGAAUAGAGAAAUUUAGCAUUUAAAAAUAUCAAUUAAUUGA